AUGGACGACGACUUCGGCUUCCACCCAACAAAUCUACGUCGUUUUCUCGCACGCCUUGAGUCAGACUGGCGAGAGCGCAUGGUCGUUAGUGUGGAACAAACUAAACAACAGGCACCCCGCUUCGGAAACGAUCCCAAAACCGAUAAAUGGGCAUUCUCCAAGCAUGAGAUGCCAUGGCCGCGAUUGGCACCAUACUGUUUUGGUAACUUCUACUUCCUUGGUUAUGAACUCGUGGAGAAGUUGGCCAUCGCUAUGCAUUUUACUCGCCCCAUCCCUAUUGACGACGUCUGGUUGGGCCUGGUGAUGACGAAGUUGGGUCUGCGCUUCCAAUACCGACGUGGCAUUCGUUUAGUCCCUGGAGCCACUGGCACUAGCAAGCGAGACAUUAUAAUGCCGAUGACGGUCUACGAAUACUGUAUGCACCGUAUUCCCUUUAUCGAGGAGGAGUUUGCUCUGCGAAAUCUGUGCUGCUUCUCAGAAAAAAGUGGAUAUUGCUCUAAAAAGGGGAUCAGCUCGCGUUCGUCUAUUUGGUUAACGAGCUUUUACGAUAUUGAGGUGAAGCUGAACGGUGUGUAG